CUUGCCAAAUUAAGCAGCCUCCUGAUCGGUCUUGCAGGGAUGCAACAUGCCAAUUAGCUAGAGAGUCACUUUGGUGAGAGUGGUGACCAACUUUAUCCAUGCUUCAAUUAAUCACACCAGCCCCCAUCAGCACUGGCCGAUCAUCACACCACUCACACCCUCAACAGCAUGGAAAACCUGAUCGCUGCAGUGGUGGUUCUUGCCGGAGCCAUCAUCCCAGCAGCAGGUGCGAACGUCGUCGCCAGAGCUCAUCCUCCGGCGGUGGCGCCUAGUGGACCCAAGGUGCCAGCGCUGUUCGCGUUCGGCGACUCUAUCGUGGACACGGGCAACAACAACUACAUCCGGACCAUCACCAGGUCCAACUUCCCGCCAUACGGCAGGGACUUCCCCGACCACAUGGCCACCGGCAGGUUCUCCGAUGGCAGGAUCAGCAUGGACUUCCUAGCGUCUGCGCUUGGGUUGAAGGAGAUGCUACCGCCUUACCUGGACAAGAACCUCACCAUGGAUGAACUCAGGACCGGCGUCAGCUUCGCAUCAGCAGGCAGCGGCCUCGACAAUGCCACGUGCUUGACUGCGGCGGCGAUGACAGUGGAGCAGCAGCUGCAGCUGUUCAUGGAAUACAAGACCAAGGUGGGGAGCAUUCCCGGCAGGUCGCUGUACCUCAUCUGCUGGGGCAGCAACGACGUCGUCCAGCACUUCACCUUCAACGAUGGUCUCAGCGAUCCCGACUACGCUGACCUCAUGACCCAAAGGGCUUCCAACUUCAUCCAGAGACUGAUCAGCCUGGGCGCACGGCAGAUUGCGGUGACCGGGGUGCCGCCGGUGGGGUGCGUACCGGCGCAGCGGCUGAUUGGCGGGGGUCUCCUCCGGCGGCGGCAGUGUGCCGAAGGCCUCAACCAGCUAGCGAUGCUCUACAACCGGGAGCUGAACCAGGAGAUCGACAAGCUGGCCAGAAGGUUCCGCGACGUCAACCUCGUCUACAUCGACCUCUAUGCAAUCCUCGCCGACAUCAUCCAGCGUUAUCAAGAACUUGGGUUCAAGAACGGCAAGGAUGCGUGCUGCGGGGUCAUCGGGCUGGAGUCAGGUGUGCUGUGCAAUUUCAUGAGCCCAGUGUGCGAGAACCCGGCGCAGUACGUGUUCUGGGAUGGUUACCAUCCUACCGAGAGGGCCUACAAAAUCAUGAUCGAUCAACUCAUUGCAAGAUACAUCAGAUUCCUCCGCUAGAAACCUGCCAACCUACCUUGCAAUUUUAUUUAUCAUUAUCAAGACGCUUGUGGUUGAGUUGGGUCCCUGGAAAUACAAAUAUUCUUAAUGAUACUGUGGUAAUUUAUGUCAGUUAUCACAAAUGCUUGUGUAUGUCAAUAAGUAGUUAACCUAUGAAUCCUAU